UCCCAAAUUCUUCUACAUUCAUUCAUUCAUUCAUUCUAAUUCCACGAAGCCACAACACAACUAAACCAAACAAAACAACAUCAUCUCACCAAUGUUAACCUUCCCUAUAUAUACGCAGAAUCCAAUUUUCUAUUACACUCUCUCUCUUCCCUUCCCUUCCCUUCUUUCUCGUUCUCGUUCUAUAAACUCUUUCUUUUUCUCUUUACUUUUUUCUCCGGUGAGUCUCAGAUUCCUUUCAUUUUUAGGGAUCUGCCGAUUCACCGCGCGAUCUUCAUAUUAAACAGACUCAUUGUUCUUUUUCUCAUUACAAAUUUUGUCAUUUUCAAUUUUAGAUUUUAGAUUGAUUUUGAAUUGAAUAAUUAGACAAAAAAAAGAAGAAGAAGAAGAAGGAUUAAUGGGCGAUCAUGUGGUGUUGUUUGUUGACCGUUUGGUUCGGCCUAUGCCUGUUGAGCCAUUGGCUCAACAUCCGGCCGAACCUGCUCCUGAGCCGUUGCCGCCGGUGAACGAGACACCAGCGGGACCUUCAGGGUAUUUACCAGAAGAUUAUGAUGAUGAUGACGACGACGGAGAGGAUGAGCCGCUGUUGCAGAUGGCGGAGUGUCGAAUUUGUCAGGAUGAUGAUAGCAUUAAUAAUUUGGAGAAUCCAUGUGCCUGUAGCGGUAGUCUUAAGUAUGCUCAUAGAAAGUGUGUCCAACGCUGGUGUAACGAAAAAGGAGACACAACUUGUGAAAUAUGUCAUAAGGUAGGUAUUAGAAAUAGUGAUACCUUCUUCGAUUUUCAUGUCUUCAAUAUUUUCAACUACAUUUGUUUUGUACUACCUUUGAAUGUAGUUUUUUGUUGUUAUGCAUGUAAUUGUCAGUCCUAUGAACCUGGUUAUACUGCUCCACCACCGCGUCCCGAAGAAACUACCAUUGAUAUAGGUGGAGGCUGGACAAUCUCUGGCACGCCUUUGGACUUGCAUGAUCCUCGACUCUUGGCAAUUGCAGAGGCUGAACGCCAAUUCUUCGAAGCAGAAUAUGAUGGAUAUGCCGCUUCUAAUGCCAAUGGAGCUGCAUUUUGCCGUUCAGCUGCUCUAAUUUUAAUGGCCCUUUUACUCUUGAGGCACGCACUUUCUGUCACGGAUGCUGAUACUGAAGAUGAUCCAUCAACUUUUUUCUCUCUUUUCUUGCUUCGAGCUGCUGGCUUUCUUUUACCUUGCUAUAUCAUGGCUUGGGCGAUUAGUAUUUUACAACAAAGGCGACAAAGACAAGAGGCUGCAGCACUAGCGGCAACCCAAGUUGCCUUCGUGCUACAAUCCGGGCAUCAUAGGGGUCUGCAAUUUGCCAUAGCACCAGCACAAACAAUGCAUCCACAUCUACACGAGGAACAAGUGUAGUUUGUACUAUCGGUGUAUGUAUGAAAAUGGAGUGUUCACCAUGUAAAGUAAUCUGUUGAAAUGUCAUUCCACUUUUACUCAUGAUUUUCCCUUCUCUAAUUAUGAUAUAACUUGAGCAACUUCAAGAUGGUUCUCUCCCUCGGUGCAUUUAUUUUAUUUGGAAUAUUUGUUGCUCUUAAA